AUGAUGAAAGACUGCAUUGAAUAUUCUAAGGGAUGUGAGGCUUGUCAGAGGCAUGGUCCAAUCCAGCAGGCUCCUUCAGUGCCCAUGAAUCCAGUGGUUAAGCCAUGGCCAUUCAGAGGAUGGGCAAUGGACCUUAUUGGCAAAAUCUAUCCAUCUAGUAGCAAACAACACUGUUUCAUCAUUGUAGCUACAGACUAUUUAACCAUAUUGGUGGAAGCCAAACCUGUUAAAUCCACUACAUCUCAAUGGAUCAUCACCUUCAUAAAAGAGCAGAUUAUACAAAGGUUUGGUAUUCCAGAAUCAAUCACAACUAACAAGGGAUCCUCUUUCAUAUCUGGAGAAAUGCUCGAUAUGGCAGAAGCAUUCAAGUUCAAGCUACUUCAAUCCACUCCUUAUUAUGCUCAAGCUAAUGGACAAGCAGAAUCAAGUAACAAGGUGAUCAUCAACAUUAUCAGGAAAAUGCUUGAGAAAAAUCCAAAGCAAUGGCAUGAGAAAUUAUUAGAAACUCUCUGGGCAUAUAGAACUUCAAAGAGAGAGGCAACUGGCAUGACCCCAUAUGCUCUAACUAUGGUCAUGAUGCAAUUCUGCCUAUGGAAAUAG